AUGUCAGUGCUUGUCGUGAAACGGUGGGCAGAAAUCCCAAGGCGGCCACUGGGAGUGUGGCUCUUUGACGCUUCCAAACAAGCGAUCGGAGCAGGGGUGGCACACGCAGCCAACAUUGCUAUUGCGAUCGCAUUGGUCGGGUAUACCGACACUGGCACGACUGACGAAUGUGCCAUGUACUUUGUCAACUUUUCACUGGACACGAGCCUCGGCGUUGUGUUCAACUGGAUGCUCCUGACGCUCGUGACAACUGCGGCAAAACGAAUGCGGUGGACGGCAUUGCAAACUCCAGGCGACUACGGCGAUCCCGUUCGAGUCCGGGUGUGGCUGCUUCAGCUGUUGUCCUGGCUCGGGGUCAUCUUAACCGCCAAGUUGCUCAUCGGCCGCGGCAUUGUGUACUUUCAAGCGGGCUUGGUAGCGUAUGCAGCGUGGGUGUUUGCUCCACUGGAAGGCCAUCCUCGCGUCGAGUUGAUCGUGGUCAUGGUGGCGUGUCCUUGCCUCAUGAAUGCGCUGCAAUUUUGGGUUCAAGACAGCUUUCUCAAGAAAAAAACCAAGUACGACUUGCUGCCGCGGACCGACAAAGGCCAUGGCAAGCAUCAUGCAGGAUACCACGAGUACGACGUGUCCGACGCUCCGCCAAGCCCUCCACCCUACUCGCUCCAAUCCGCCUCGCUCCACCAUCAUCCGCACCACCCGUCUCGGUAG